AUGAUUCCCUCAAGAACUGUUGCGCGGUCGCUGCCACGGGCUGCGCGCUCCGUCAAGGCCCCACGCGCCAACCAAGUCCGACUCCAGUCCACGACCGCAUCCUCGUCUGGCACCGGCAAUGCUCAAGCCGGUACAUCCCCCUUCGCCGCUGGUGUUGCUGGUGGCCUCGCAGCUGGAGGGCUCCUCUAUGGCGCGUACUAUUUCAGUCCCACUGGCAAGGUAGCCAUGCAAGUCAACAGGGCGUCCAAGGAAACAAAGAAAGCGUAUAACGAGGCCGCAAAAAAGCUCCAGCAGAACACUCCCGAUGCCGACCAGACAGUGAACUACAUCAAGGACUUUUGCUGCUCCUACGUCACCUGGAUCCCUGGCGGGCGCCAGUACGUCGACACCGCAUUUGACGACCUUGAGAAAGUUAGGAAGAACAACAAGGAGGACGCAGACCGCAUCCUGAACGAUGCUUACAAGCACUUCCAGGAGAUAUCCAAGGCAGGUCUUAGCAUGGAGAGCCUCCGUCGGGUGUACGACGCAUUGGCCGACCUCGCUGUCAAGCUUGCUGACCUCUCAACGGACGCGCUCGGUGAUGUCCUGGACAAUCACCCGCAGCUGAAGGACAAAUUUGGCGGGAGCAUUGACCAGCUGAAGCAGAUGGGCGAGCAGUACGGCCCAGAGGCAAAGAAUGAGGUCAACAAGACUUGGAAGCAGGUCCGGGACAUCGCGGCUGGCGGCCUCACGGCGUCCAACCUGGAUAAGGCCCGCAAGCUUGUUGAGGACAAGGUCAAGGAGGUGCAGAAGCUGGGAGAUGAAGCCUGGAAGAAGGGCCUGGAGCAGGCCAAGCCUUACCUGGACAAGAAUCCGCAGGUGAAGGAGCUGGUCGAGAAGAACGCCGAUGCCCUGAAGCAGGGCAACACGAAGGAGCUGUUUGAGCGGGCCAAGAAGGCGGUCGAGUCGGGCAAGACAGGCGACCUCGAAGGCUAUGUUAAUGACGCAGUGGAGAAGUCCAAGUCCAAGGGGUCGCAGCUUACUGGCGGUGCCGGUCUGGAGCAGUACAUCGGCCAGAUUCCCAACGGCAGCGAGGUCCUGUCCAAACUUCAGCAGCUAAAGGAGGUUGCAGAGAAGCACACCGACGAGAGCGAGAAGCUGGUCAAGGAGACGCUGCAGGAGCUCAGGAAGGUGCUUGAGAACAAGUCUGACAAGGCCGAAGGCAUUCUGAAGAAGGCAAAGGAGGAGUCUAAAUAG